AUGUCGACAGUUCAAUCUAGCCACCAGUUUGCUGAGGCAAUGACCUCUCAGAUCCAAGGACUAUCGAGCCACCACUGCGAACUCAUUGUACGGCAAGGUCCUGAGAAUGCGAGGGUCGCAAUUGGUAAAGAGAAGGACCGGAAACCAGUCGACCCCCCGCCGAUUAUACAGCUAAAGAUAUCGCCACAAGUAGAUGCAGCCCAAAACUUUUUACAAAGUCCCUACUUCUUCAUGUCAUGUAGCCUCCUACCCGAAUCCGACCAUGCGCAGCUUCCGACCGCAGCGGGAUCUCUUGGUUCGACACUGGCAGGAACCCUAGUAUCGUCUCUCCAUCGACUCAAAGACACAGAUAACUACGAUGGAGCUUUCUUCGUUUUCGGGGAUCUUUCUGUCAAGCAUGAGGGAAGAUUCCGACUCCAGUUCACUCUCUAUGAGAUGCGCGGGGAUGCAUGCUCCUAUAUAAAAUCAGUCACGUCCCAGUCCUUCCCAGUCCAUUCGACGAAGAACUUCCCGGGAAUGUCAGAGUCGACGUUUCUCACUCGGUCUUUUAGCGAUCAAGGUGUGCGAUUGAGAUUGCGAAAGGAACCUCGAACUUUACUCCGGAAACGGGGACCAGCCCAUGACGACUACGAACCACGUCAUUACAGACAGGGGAAUCGCCAGCAAAGUACAGGAGGAGAUCGUCAGAGUCAAGCUCCUUCCGAAUCUCAAGAGCCAGCCAGACGAGAUCACAACGAUCAAGGUGAUUAUACAGAAGCACAGACCUCUUGGAGCCAUCGACCGAACCCUCCUUCACGACACUACUCGCAGCACUCUACUACAUCGUUCACAGAUGCAAGUAGUCACUCCUAUGAUGACUAUCAGAUUUCAAAACGUCCUCGAACAGGUUCCGAUCAAAGCCAAUCAUCGUCAGCCUUUGGCGUACAGGUUCAUCCAAGCACAUUGGACACCACUCUUGUUUCGAGACCAUUUGCAGACAGCCAGCAGGCGGGUUUCAAUCAAUAUGCAGCAGCUCAGCCUCCAGCAUACGGUACCUAUAACUACACCCAGUCUCCCCAGUCUGCGACCUCUUCUCGUCCAAGUUACUUUACCGACCGAGUUGGACCGCAGACAGGAAGUACUGGGACACCGUCUCCGUUCGACUCCAGUCUUACUCGUUCUCCACUAGAUGGCCACUUUCCGACUCAAUCACAGGCGGUACGCUACAAUACGCAGCUACCGUUUGGGAUUCCACAGCCCCUGUCAUUAGCUCCGCGGGCUGAUAGUAUCCAGCAGAUAUCUCUUGGUCCAAUGUCUCCUGGAUAUGCUGCAACGAAUUAUGGAAUGCCUCCUCCAAUUUCAAGGAUGGGUAGCAAUCCCGUCUACCCGAGCUUCUCAGCACCGGCCAACAUUGGUAGAAGAGAACCCUAUCAGGCAUUUUCAUCACCUGGGUCGAACCCGAACAUGUCGGCAGGCAAUAACAUCGGAAGCGGUCUCUAUUCCCAAGGCUAA